UAUCGUUACUGACAUUAAAAUGCGGCGCGUUACUAAAAUUGAUCUUACUGUAGUGAUUUUCAGCCGCGUAUGCUCACUCUCUCAGCCAAACACUGUUUUUCUCUUGUGUGUGUUGUGAGAAACAUAACGAAUGAUGAUUGGCUUAAUUUCCAUCGGUAGCCAACCAGAGGCAGAGUUCACAAAAAGGCCCGCCCACACGCGCAGUCCGAGGAGCGAGCAGCAGUGUUAAAAAGUCUGAGCAACUUGGUCACUUUGUCGCUAGAUUUAGCAACUUUCUAUCACUUUAGCGACUUUAUAGGACAAAUCUAGCUAUCUUUUCUGGCGUGGUUGGAGACUUUUGUAGACUGACAUGAAAAUACGCGUCGUUUUGUCUUCUCAACGAGCAGCGGUGCUGCUCCUGACUGUGCCCCAUCUCAAAGCACAGACAUGCAGCCCGGUCAUCGCGCAUCAAUCACUCCGAAAACACCGGCGACAGGGCGAUGGCAAGUACAACAAGCUCAAAGAGAACACAUUCAAUUUAUGAUACAUUUCUAAAGAGAUUGAAGAAGAAAAGAAACAGAUAUCACAAAUUUCCACAUUACCGAUGUAUUUACAUAGGUUUAGAUCAUUUCUUUAGACUGGGCGCCUCAAUCUACGUGUAAAAUGUUAAUCUCAGCGGUCUUUAUUCUCUUCAUAAUUCCCCUGUCUUCAGUUCAAGGGACACUUAGCGAAAGGAAAAAUUCCACUACAAAGUCAACGGACAACACUAUUAGUUCAAAUGUUCCUAAAUUAGUAACUGCAUUAUUAAACACCAAAAUUAAAAACCAUACUCAUGCCACUUCAUCGAAACCCAGCAGCAUCGAUCAGACUCUCCCAUCCACUGCUAACCCUGCUGUGGAUGUUGACAAGAAACAUGCGCCUUUAAAAAAUACUACAAAGUCAAAGGCCCAUAAUAGUAGUCUUGAUGUUUCAAAGCCUUUAACUACAUCUUUAAACAAAAAAGUUAAAAUGCAAACUCAGUCUGCUGCUUCUAAAACUAUCAGUGUUGAUCAGACUCUCUUAUCCACCUCAAAGCCUGCAGUGGAUGGUGAACAGAAACAUGAGAAGAAAAAUAAAACAACAGCAAAUACUGUUAGUCUCCAUUUUUUCAAACCAGUAAGUACACUUUUAAAAACCAAAACUAAAAACCAAACUAAUCCCGCACACUUAACAAUUAGCAAUGUUAAUCAGACUCUCUCAGCCUCCUUAAAGCCUGCUGUGGAUGACCAAAAACACGCGCUUUCUAGUGAGAACAAAAAUAAUACUACUAAGUCAACAGCAAAUACUAUUAACCUUAACGUUUCAAAGCCAAUAACUACACACUUAAACAAAUUAAAAAAACAAACUCUAUCUGAUGCAUCUAAAACCAUCAAUGUCAGUCAGACUCUACCAUCCUCUCCAAAGCCUUCUAUAGAUGAUAACCAAAAACAUCUAACUUCAAGCAAGAAAAAAAACACUACUAAGUCAACAGCGAAUACUAGUCUUAAUGUUCCAAAACCUGACCCAAUAUUAAACACCAAAGUUAAAAACCAAACUCCAACUGUUUCAUCCAAAACUACCACAGUAAGUCAGACUCUCUCAUCCACCGCAACACCUGCUGUAGAUGGUGACCACAAACAUGUUCCUACUAGCGAGAAAAGAAAUACUACUAAGUCAACAGCGAAUACUAGUAUUAAUGUUUCAAAACCUGGCCCAGUAUUAAACACCAAAGUUAAAAACCAUACUGCAACUGUUUCAUCCAAAACUAUCACAGUCAGUCAGACUCUCUCAUCCACCGCAACACCUGCUGUAGAUGAUGACAAGAAACAUGAACCUACUAGUGAGAAAAUAAAUACUACUAAGUCAACAGCAAAAACUAGUAUUAAUGUUUCAAAACCUGGCCCAGUAUUAAACACCAAAGUUAAAAACCAACCUCCAACUGUUUCAUCCAAAACUACCACAGUCAGUCAGACUCUCUCAUCCACCAUAACACCUGCUGUAGAUGAUGACAAGAAACAUGAACCUACUAGUGAGAAAAUAAAUACUACCAAAUCAACAGCAAAAACUAGUAUUAAUGUUUCAAAACCUGGCCCAGUAUUAAACACCAAAGUUAAAAACCAACCUCCAACUGUUUCAUCCAAAACUAUCACAGUCAGUCAGACUCUCUCAUCCACCGCAACACGUGCUGUAGAUGAUGACAAGAAACAUGAACCUACUAGUGAGAAAAUAAAUACUACCAAGUCAACAGCAAAAACUAGUAUUAAUGUUUCAAAACCUGGCCCAGUAUUAAACACCAAAGUUAAAAACCAACCUCCAACUGUUUCAUCCAAAACUACCACAGUCAGUCAGACUCUCUCAUCCACCAUAACACCUGCUGUAGACGAUGACAAGAAACAUGAACCUACUAGUGAGAAAAGAAAUACUACUAAGUCAACAGCAAAUACUAGUAUUAAUGUUUCAAAACCUGGCCCAGUAUUAAACACCAAAGUUAAAAACCAUACUGCAACUGUUUCAUCCAAAACUAUCACAGUCAGUCAGACUCUCUCAUCCACUGCAACACCUGCUGUAGAUGAUGACAAGAAACAUGAACCUACUAGUGAGAAAAUAAAUACUACUAAGUCAACAGCAAAAACUAGUAUUAAUUUUUCAAAACCUGGCCCAGUAUUAAACACCAAAGUUAAAAACCAACCUCCAACUGUUUCAUCCAAAACUACCACAGUCAGUCAGACUCUCUCAUCCACCGUAACACCUGCUGUAGAUGAUGACCACAAACAUGUUCCUACUAGCGAGAAAAGAAAUACUACUAAGUCAACUGCAAAUACUAGUAUUAAUGUUUCAAAACCUGGCCCAGUAUUAAACACCAAAGUUAAAAACCAUACUGCAACUGUUUCAUCCAAAACUAUCACAGUCAGUCAGACUUUCUCAUCCACCGCAACACCUGCUGUAGAUGAUGACAAGAAACAUGAACCUACUAGUGAGAAAAUAAAUACAACUAAGUCAACAGCAAAAACUAGUAUUAAUGUUUCAAAACCUGGCCCAGUAUUAAACACCAAAGUUAAAAAUCAUACUCCAAUUGUUUCAUCCAAAACUACCACAGUCAGUCAGACUCUCUCAUCCACCAAACAUGUUCCUACUAGCAAGAAAAGAAAUACUACUAAGUCAACAGCGAAUACUAGUAUUAAUGUUUCAAAACCUGACCCAGUAUUAAACACCAAAGUUAAAAACCAUACUCCAACUGUUUCAUCCAAAACUAUCACAGUAAGUCAGACUCUCUCAUCCACCGUAACACCUGCUGUAGAUGAUGACAAGAAACAUGUGCCUUCGUUUCAAGAUACAAGUAGUGAGGAGAAGAAAAAUACUACAACUAAUUCAAAGGCCCACACUGGUAGUUUUAAUGUUUCAAAGCCAUUAACAACAUCAUUAAAUACCAAAGUUAAAACCCAAACUUCAUCCAAAACUAUCAGUGGUAAUCAGACUCUAACAUCCUUAUCUAAGCCUGCUUUGGAUGGUGACCAAAAACACGUGUCUGUAAGUGAGAAAAAAAAUACUACUAAGUCAACAACCAACACUAGUAAUGUUAACAUUUCAAAACCAGUAAUAAAUAAACAAACUCCAUCUGCUUCAUCCAAAACUCUCAGCGACAAUCAGACUCUGCCAUCAUCCUCAAAGCCUACUUUGGAUGGUGACCAGAAACAUAUGCCUUCACUUCAGGGUGCAAGUACUGAGAAGAAAAAUCCUACAACUAAGUCAACACCCAACAAUGCAAAUUUUGAUGUUUCAAAGCAAUUAUUAAACACUAAAACGACUCAUGAUACUUCUUCAAAAAGCAAAGUCAAUCAGACUCUCACACCCUCCACAAAGCCUGCUGUGGUUGAUGUCCACCCACCACCAAAAGACAAACCUGCAGUAAGUUCACCUAUUAAAGUAGUCAUCACUGAGGGUUGCGUUCAGAAGGAGGCUCAGACGGAUUCCAGUAACAAAACCAAAACACAAGAAACUGAGCUCAGUUUGAAACCUGGAUCUCCACUGGUUAUGACCCAUCACAUCAAGCUGGUGCCAGGAACCUGCACAGGAGGUUGUGAGACAGAGAUGACUGCACUGAGGGACAGGGUUGAGUUCCUUGAGAAGGAAAUGUCAACUCUUAAAACAAUGUGCAUUCGGUGCUCAGAAGAGCAGUGCCCUAAAAAUUGUAGUGGCCAAGGCAAGUGUGAGGGUGGAAAGUGUGUUUGUCAUCAAGGAUUCAGUGGACCAGAUUGCAGUGGUACAACAUGCCCAUCUAACUGCAACAAGAAAGGGAAAUGUGUGAAGGGAAAGUGUGUAUGUCAAACUGGUUAUACAGGUCCAGGCUGCAGUAAGGGUCCUGUUAAGAUCGCAGUGACUGUUGAAACUGUGACUAUGAAGACGUCCACUACGAACGACACUGUCAGGCCAGACGAGACAUCAGUGAUGGCGAGGCCAAACAAGACCAUCUUUGUCAAAAGGACAGAUACGAAGGACAUUAAAGCCAAGCCAAGUCCAACAGCAUCCACAAUUAAAACCAAUGUUGUCAAAGUUCAAUCCAACACCACAAGGAACGACAAGGUUAUUUUGACAGUAGGGAAAGCUCUGCUAAAGCUCAAAGAAGGAAGCCGUCAACCGCAAGCAACAAAGGGCAAAACGACAGUCAUUAAAAUGAAUUUAGACAAACAACCACAAACUGAUCUGAAGCUGAAAACUGAAGAAAAUAAAGAGUCCACAAAUAGGUCCAUGUCAAAGAAAAAUAAAGACCUUAAAGAUCAGCCUGUCCCUCAGAAUGUGACUCAGAGAACUGGUAAGAAGAUUAAAGGGAUCUCCGAAGUUCUGGUGAACCUGGUUAAGGACACCAAAGGAUCAUCUAAUGGAACGACAAAAGCCACUACGAAAACUGUAGAUGAAGGGAAAGCGAACAAGCCUAAUGGUACAUCUACUGAAAAAGACAAGAAACCAUCUCAUGGCAAUGUAACGACAGAUCUCAAAGCGGAGAAGACCUUCGAUAAGCAUGCCAAUUGGACAAGUAUUGAAAGUAAACCUCCCGUAAAGCAAUUCAACAGGACAAGCAGCAGAUCAUCAGUUUUUGGAUCAGUUAAGGUUCAUAAUAUCACAUCCACUGGGUUCAUUAUGUCUUGGGAAGCCCCUCUGGAUACAUUCAGGAACUUUACAAUAACAAGAAGGGAAAUCAGGCCAGGAAAUCAUGUAGAAGAUUCAGAGAAAAUUCAGGAUGGUGCAAUGAAAGUAAGCAACAACGGGGCCACGGCUGAAGAUAUGACAGGUGUACAAAGUCCUGGUUCGACCAGAAUCCAUGGUAGCAAACUUGAUGGAAGGACUGUGAAAAAGUUCUCACUCGUUCUUCAAGGUACAGCACGGUCGUAUCAUUUCAAGGGCCUUCAACCUCAAACACAGUACUCGGUUUCCUUGUUCGGUUCUGGUCCUGGAGUGCGAUCCAAAAUCCACCGCCUUACACUAUACACAGGUCCAGAGCCGCCCAGCGACCUGAUCUUCAGUAAUAUAACAGAGACUGCUUUAACAGUAUCCUGGAUGAAACCAAAAAGCAUAGUGGCAGAAUUUAAAGUCACAUACACCAACACUGUGACAGGUGAGAGCAGCUCCAUGUCCAUUGACUCCCAGCUGUCUCAUGUCCUCCUGUCUAAACUCUCUGCUGGUACUACUUAUGACAUCACUGUGAGGUCAUUACUGGAGACACUUGAGAGCGAGCCAAUCACAGCCUCUGUUACUACAGUGCCUGAUUCUCCAACUGAACUGAAGAUGAUGAACAUCACAGACACUAAAGCUCUGCUGGCAUGGAAACCAUCCCAAGCUAAAGUGGACAGUUAUAUUCUCAGUUAUGGGUCUACGAAAUCUCCUAAUGUGACUGUUACAGUUACAUUAUCUGGCAGCACUGUGGAGCAUCAGCUCAGAGGCCUGCAAAGAUCUUCUCUUCACACCGUGAAGAUCACAAGCCAAGUCAAUCGACUCCAGAGUCGCCCGAUUUCAACAACCUUCACAACUGGAAGUGGAGUGAAGCUUCAGGUGGUGACUCCUUAUGAAGUGACCUUUCAUUCAGCUGUGAUUGCAUGGAAAGCUCCCAGUGUGGUAUUCAAAAAUUAUAGACUCACCUACCAGCCGGCAGAGGAAGUCAAGGAGGUGAUUUUAAAUCCAUCUGUGACCCAAUAUGAGCUGACAGGGCUGGCAGACUUCACAAACUACACUGUUAAAAUAGAGGGAGAAAGGGAUGGACAGUACUUUGAUUUUGUCUCUGCUGAGUUCACCACUGCACCGCUUCCAUACCCGUACCCCACAGACUGCUCAGAGGUACAGAUGAAUGGAGUGAAAGACUCGGGAGAUGUUGAGAUUUACCCUGAAGGAAAAGAUGGAGAACCGGUGUGGGUCUACUGUGAUAUGGAGACGGAUGAAGGAGGCUGGACUGUAUUCCAAAGGAGAAUAGAUGGAUCUACUGAUUUCUUUAGGAACUGGAAAGACUACAGUAAAGGUUUUGGUCUCCUGAGCGGAGAAUUCUGGCUGGGAAAUUAUGUUCUUCAUACUCUGACCAGCCUUGCACCAAUGAGUCUGCGUAUUGACCUGCGUUCAGGAAAUGACACCGCUUAUGCUUAUUAUGACAACUUCAACAUUAGCUCUGAGGCAGAUCACUAUGCUAUCGAGCUGUCUGAAUACUCGGGUACUGCUGGUGAUUCCAUGAGAUAUCACAAUGGUCGCCCAUUCUCCACCAAAGACAAAGAUCCAGACACUCUUAGCAUUCACUGUGCUAAAGCUUACAUGGGAGGCUGGUGGUAUAAAAACUGCUACAAGGCAAAUCUCAAUGGCCUCUAUGGUUCCUUCUCAGACAACAAGGGUGUCGUGUGGAUUGACUGGAAAGGCAAAGACGCAUCCCUUCCUUUUACUGAAAUGAAGCUCCGGCCCUCUUAUUUGAGUCAAAGGGCCACGACAACCCCAACAACCCAAGGUUAAAUCUGCAGAGUAAAUACAGUAGUGUGCACUCCUUACAACACACACAAAAAACUGCAAACAAAUGAUGGUAGCUUUGCAAAAGGUGAAAGUAAAUGUCAAGACCUCCAUCCAAUAACAUCUGUUAAUAAGUUAAUAAGAAUUUUUUCUCAUAGUGCGUAGAAAAGUGUAUCCAUGCAUAUGUGUACUGUAUGUAAAGUUCUUGUGUUGUCAGCAUAAUGGAGGUCUAUUGUUUAUUUUCCUCACCUUUACUGGAAUAACUGCACUGUUUUUGGUACUAAACGUUUUGAUCUAUUAAAUCUAUUGUUUAUAUAACUGGAUUUAAAGUUGCUCUCUGAAAAUCUGUGUUAAUUUUACUUUUGAUGUCUCUUUUUUAGA